GUAUAAAUAUAUAUAUAUAUAUAUAUACAAGUGAGUUUGUAGUUGUGGUCUUAUGAUCUGGGUAGCUAGCUGCUAAACAAUAUGAGGGAAUGUAAGAUGUUCAAGAUCCAUUUCCUCUUUCUAUCGCUUGCUCUUACAGGGCUUGUACAUCUCGUUCAUGCACAAGAUGAUCAAAAAGGUUUCAUUAGCUUGGACUGUGGGUUGCCUGAAAAUUCGAGCUACUCAGAGAAAUCAACCACAAUAAAUUACAUUUCAGAUGCUGCUUUUAUUAACAGUGGUGUAAUAAAAAGCAUACUGCCCAAAUACAGAACCGGUCUCCAACAGCAAAUAACGCUCCUCAGAAGCUUUCCUGAAGGAGUUCGAAACUGUUACAGUCUAAGCAUAAAAAAGGGUACUAAGUAUUUGUUCAGGACAACAUUUCUGUACGGAAAUUAUGAUGGUCUGAACAAGACAGCCAAAUUUGAUCUCCACAUAGGACCUAAUUAUUGGGACACUGUGACCAUCGAAUCGGCCUCAAUAGCUGUGAUUAAGGAGAUGCUAUACACUCCUCCACAGGACUAUGUUCAUGUGUGUCUUGUCAACACUGGAUCUGGGACACCCUUCAUUCAAGCGUUAGAGCUGAGGCCUUUGAAAAACACCACAUAUAUGAUUCAUGACUCUGGAGCUUUGGCAUACGUUGCCCGGUUGGAUCCCGGUUCAUCCACCAACAGUACAUACAGGUAUCCAUAUGAUGCCUUUGAUCGCAUCUGGGUUCCAUUUAACGACAAUGCAUGGACACAAAUGACAACACCGUUCAUCGUGAACAACGCCAGUUAUAGUCCCUAUGUCCCACCGCCCGCCGUAAUGAACAACGCCGCCACGCCUGUAGACGAGGACGGUCCGAUCGAGUUCUAUCUGGAAACGACGGAUAAUAGCACCAACUUUUAUCUCUAUGUACACUUCGCCGAACUCCAACAGCUCCAAUCCAACGAGAGCAGAGAAUUUAACAUCAAUGUCAAUGGUGAUCUCUUGUACGGGCCAGUUGUCCCUAAUUACUUGUCUUCAACCACCGUCUAUAGCACCAAACCCUUAACUGGGAAACUCAACUAUAGUUUUACAAUAACCAAACUUGAAAAUUCAACUUUGCCUCCCAUUGUGAACGCCAUCGAGCUCUAUUCCUUGCUUGAUUUUUCUCAGUCGGAUACAGACCAAGAUGACGUGGAUGCAAUCACGGGCAUAAAGUCAACAUAUGAUGUAAAGAAAAACUGGGAUGGAGAUCCCUGUGUUCCGGUAAAAUACUUAUGGGCUGGUCUAAAUUGUAGUGAUGAUAUCCUUACUCCUCCUAGAAUCAAAUCCUUGGACUUGUCUUCGAGUGGGUUAAGUGGCGAUAUAAGUACAUAUUUCUCCAAACUCAUUAUGCUAGAAUCUUUGGACUUGUCAGACAAUAACUUAACAGGUCCCGUGCCAGAUUUUUUGUCUUCAUUGCCGAAGUUGAGGGUGCUGAACUUGGAAAGAAACCAACUCACAGGCUCAGUUCCAGCUUCACUUCUUGAGAGAUCGAAAAAUGGUUUACUAUCAGUAAAUUUUGGAGAAAAUCAAGAUUUAUUAUGUGACUCCUCCACUCCAUGCGUAAAGAAUAACAAGAAGAGUAAGAAGAACAGUUUACUAAUUCCAGUAGUAGCAUCGGUUGGUGGAGUGGUAGUCCUGUUAAUAAUAGCUGCAGCUAUUAUUUUCGCCCUGAAAAAUAGAAAGAAACAAACCGGCCGUGUAACGACUGGAAAUGUCGCAUCAUCUAAUUUCCCGACUGAUUCAUUCAUUGACGAGUCUAAAAAACGACAGUUCACAUAUUCUGAGGUGAUAAAAAUGACAAACAAUUUUGAAAGAAUUCUUGGUAGAGGUGGAUUUGGAACUGUGUUUCAUGGCCUCGUAGAUGAUGGUACUCAAGUAGCUGUCAAGAUGCUUUCUCAUUCAUCGGUUCAGGGAUAUCAACAAUUUCAGGCAGAGGUUAAACUUCUUAUGAGAGUUCAUCAUAGAAACUUGACUUGCCUUGUUGGGUAUUGCAAUGAAGGAUCCAACAUGGCUCUUAUUUAUGAGUACAUGGCCAAUGGGAGUUUAGAUUCACAUCUUGGAGAGGGUGUUAGCAAUGAAAAUGUUUUGAGUUGGGAAGGAAGGCUUCAAAUCGCAAUUGAUGCAGCACAAGGGUUGGAGUAUUUACACAAUGGUUGCAAACCACCUAUAGUGCAUAGAGAUGUCAAGACUCCAAAUAUAUUAAUAACUGAGAAUUUUCAUGCUAAAAUGGCUGAUUUUGGGCUGUCAAGAAUUUUUCCUACUGAUGAUGGCACUCAUGUAUCAACUGUUGUUGCUGGCACACCAGGUUAUCUCGAUCCAGAGUACUAUGUUACAAACAGAUUAAAUGAGAAAAGUGAUGUUUAUAGUUUUGGAGUUGUUCUAUUAGAGAUUAUUACAUGUCGACCUGUUAUAAGUAGAACCCACGAGACCAGGACUCACUUAAAGGACUGGGUUAGUGCCAUGGUCGCAAAUGGAGAUAUUAAUAAUAUUGUUGAUCCAAGAUUAAGGGGACAUUUUGAAGUAAAUUCUGUGUGGAAAGCAGUUGAGAUAUCAAUGGCUUGUUUAGCACCUUCUUCCAAUAAAAGGCCAAACAUGAACUAUGUUGUGAGUGAAUUAAAUGAGUGUUUGACAACCGAAUUAGCUGGAAGGAACAAUAGCCGCCAAACUGAUUCCACAAGUUCAAUGAAUGAGGUGUACUCUGUGAAUGUGACUACUCCUUUGGCAAGGUAGAAUAAGUACAAUAUAUAUUGAUGUAACUAAUUAAUAUCUUGUUCUAUUCUGAACCUUCAUUUUAUUCUCCCAUGUGUGGUAUAAUAAUAUAAUGUUGUAAGCA